UCUCGGUCCCCGAGCUCCUCACUCAUUCUGAAUCCAUUCAGCAAAUUCCAUCUAAAGAGAGUUGAGAGAGCGAGGAAGCCCGAACUCCAAUACUGAAGCUAUCGCAGGGAUUGAAGCUCAAAGAUCAAUGGCUGGAGCUAUUUCAUCCACCUCUAAAUAUGCUGAAAUCACUAGUGAAAUCCCUGAGCUUAGGAGUGACAACUUCAAAAUCUGGAAGGAACGAGUUCUUCUCCACCUUGCUUGCACUGACAUGGAUUAUGCAAUAAGGAAAGAUGAACCAGCUGCUAUCACUGAUACUAGCACUGCUGCUGAGAUUGCACUGCGUGAAAAGUGGGAGCAAUCUAAUCGUCUCUGCAUCAUGUUCAUUAUGUCCAGAAUUCCUAUGGGAAUGCGUGGAUCGGUGGAGCCACCACGAGAAGUGUUUUCUUACAAUGAGCUGGAGAGAGCGACAGAGGGAUUCAAGGAUGAGCUUGGAAGAGGCUUGUUUGGAGCAGUUUAUAAAGGGACUUUAUUGUAUGGUGGUGAAAAUAGAGCGAUUGCUGUGAAAAGACUCGAGAAGUUUGUGGAAGAGGGGAUAAGAGAGUUUCGAGCAGAAAUGUCGGCCAUUGGAAGGACUCACCACAGGAACUUAGUUCAAUUGCUUGGUUUCUGUAUUGAAGAUUCUAAAAUGCUUCUUGUUUAUGAAUUCAUGAGCAAUGGCUCUCUUUCAGAUCUCCUCUUCAAGGCCACUAAACAACCUUCAUGGAAAGAUAGAGUGAGGCUCAUUCAGGAAGUGGCUAAAGGGGUACUCUAUCUGCACGAAGAAUGCGCGGUCCAUAUCAUACACGGCAAUUUGAAAUCCCAAAAUAUUUUGCUAGAUGAAAGUUGGACUGCAAAGAUCUCUGAUUUUGGUUUCUCGAGGCUAUUAUUGAUGCCAAGCCAUGUCCAAAUGUCCAAGGCGUUAGUUGAAGAAAGAGCAGCGUACUCUGCUCCUGAAUGGCAGAAAAAUGCAGUAAUGUCAGUUAAAGUUGAUGUUUUCAGCUUUGGAGUAGUGCUUUUGGAGACCAUCUUUUUUAAAAUGAACACAGAUGUGAAGGUUUCUGAGAAUGAAGAGAUGGUUCUCUAUCGUCGAGUUUAUAAUUGGUACAAGGCUGGAGAGUUGUUAAAGCUGGUGGAAGGUGAAAGAAAUGUUGAUGUAAGAACACUAGAAAGAUUGGUGAGAGUGGGCCUUUGGUGCACUCAAGAUGAUCCUGAUUUGCGCCCUUUGAUGAAGACUGUCAUCUUAAUGUUAGAAGGCACGGUGGACGUUCCUCGUCCCCCUACUUAA